AAUCGAAUAGGAUCGAUUCGAAUAUCCGGUCGAAUCGAAUUCUCCCGCGGUAUCUUCUUCUUUCGUGCAAGAUCCACUCGAUCGGUCUCGGCAUUUCAUGCAUCGCACAGCCACGAGACACAAGUUUACCCAGCAAAGAUUAGUGGAGGCAUCUGGCAAGCAAGCAAACAAACAAACAAACCAACACUCCCUUGUUAAGUAUUAGCAGCAGCAAAUAGACAGACAGACCACACGAUGCAGACAGGUCAACAGCAAUGGGCAGAUCCCAGCCUCUCGGCACAAGGAGGCAUGAUGGGUGGUACCGGUGGUCCCGCGAUGGGCGGCAAUAUGAAUGCCAACGCUCACGAGGAGGCCUUGUUCCAACCGUACAGUACCCUUGACGAACCCGUGCUGGAAACCAUCAUGAGAGAUGUACGAGCGGUUAUCAGCAAACUCAAGGUCGUCAUGUUGCCUUUGGAUCGAACGCCCCAUUUUGUGGGAGGAUACACGGGAGUGUCCCAGUCAGAUCAGGGUGCGGAACAAACUGCUCAAGAUGACGAAAUGAGUGAAAAUGACCGAAAAGUAAUACAGGAACUCAAGGACUGGGAUCUUUGGGGCCCCCUGAUUGUCUGCUUGGCAUUGGCUGUCUUGUUGAGUUUCAAAGCUCCCACCAACCAGGCCAGUUUGGUCUUUGCGUCCGUCUUUAUCACUGUCUGGUGCGGAUCGGCAGUUGUCACUAUUAAUGCACAACUCCUGGGGGGAAACAUCUCCUUCUUUCAAUCCGUCUGUGUCUUGGGAUACUGCAUCUUCCCCAUGACGAUGGCAGCACUCGUCAUUGAUCUCCUCAAACCGACAUGGUUCUCCUGGGCGUGGUUGGAUUUGGUCUUUUUGGCGGCGGCAUUUCUUUGGGCCACGAGAGCGUCAUCCGUAUUUAUUGGGCUUUACGUCAAGAGAGAGCGAAGAUUCUUGGCCGUCUUUCCGGUACUCUUCUUUUACACCUUUGUCGCAUGGUUGAUUCUACUGUUCUAAAAAAAGAAUGAGCUUGAAAUUGUGCAUUUUGCCAGAGUACAAAAGAAAGGAACACGACAGGAAGGAGAAUGAAAUGAUGCUUAAAAAGGCAACAAUUUAUGAUUGGAACAGAGCGACGAGGCCAAGGUCAGGCACGGCCGUCGCGGAGAAAGGCGUCGUCGGUGUUGCACCUGUUACUGAAUCGAAUCGAUGGAAAUCAAAAACUACAAUAAUCAAAACUAUUAGUUUGCACGCUACUUUACGACUGCAUUCAU